UGAUAUUUAAUUUAGAUAAGUUGGUGAUUCAAAAGUUCGUGGAAUUAGUGGUGGUGAAAAGAAACGCUUAUCCAUGGCAUGUGAACUGCUCGCAAGCCCAUCGGUUAUAUUUGCUGAUGAACCCACAACAGGACUUGAUGCGUUCCAGGCUGAGAAAGUCAUGGAAACUCUCCAACAACUUGCACAAGAUGGUCAUACUGUAAUUUGCUCUAUACAUCAGCCGAGAGGUUCAGUGUAUAGUAAAUUCGAUGACAUUGUCUUGCUAACUGAGGGUUCACUUGUUUAUGCUGGUCCUGCUCGUGACGAACCAUUGACAUACUUCUCAAAAUUCGGGUACCACUGCCCGGAUCAUGUAAAUCCUGCUGAAUUUUUGGCUGAUCUUAUAUCCAUAGACUACAGUUCUGCUGACAGUGUCUAUUCAUCUCGAAAAAGGAUUGAUGGGCUUGUUGAGUCAUUCUCACAAAGACUAUCUACAGUAAUAUAUGCAACACCAAUUACUAUAGAUGAUAUCUCAAAAAGUAGAAAGAAAAUCAGCCAGAGGACUGUAGCAAAGAAGAAAGGUGGUUGGUGGAAGCAAUUUUGGUUGCUCCUUAAACGAGCAUGGAUGCAGGCUUCACGUGAUGCUCCUACCAACAAAGUUCGGGCAAGGAUGUCAAUUGCAUCAGCAAUUAUUUUUGGGUCAGUUUUCUGGAGGAUGGGAAAAUCUCAGACUUCAAUACAAGACAGAAUGGGAUUGCUUCAGGUUGCUGCAAUUAACACAGCUAUGGCCGCUCUCACAAAGACUACUGGUGUGUUUCCGAAGGAACGGGCAAUUGUUGAUAGAGAACGUGCUAAAGGCUCCUAUUCCUUGGGUCCUUAUCUGUUUUCAAAACUGUUGGCCGAGGCUCCCAUUGGAGCAGCAUUUCCAUUAAUGUUUGGUGCUGUUCUGUACCCUAUGGCGCGCCUUCAUCCUACAUUGAUGAGAUUUGGAAAAUUCUGUGGAAUUGUCACUAUGGAAUCUUUUGCGGCAUCUGCGAUGGGUCUUACUGUUGGAGCUAUGGUUCCAACUACUGAAGCAGCUAUGGCAGUAGGCCCCUCUCUUAUGACUGUUUUUAUUGUUUUUGGAGGCUACUAUGUUAAUCCUGAGAAUACCCCAAUCAUCUUCCGCUGGAUUCCUAGUGUUUCUCUGAUUAGAUGGGCCUUUCAGGGACUUUGCAUUAAUGAAUUUAGAGGUCUUCAAUUUGAUCAUCAGCAUUCAUUUGAUGUUCAAACAGGAGAACAGGCACUCGAGCGAAUUUCCUUUGGAAAAAGUAGGAUUAUGGAUACGGUGGUAGCACAAAAUAGAAUACUGUUGUUUUGGUAUUGCACCACCUACCUUCUCCUGGAGAAAAAUAAGCCCAAAUACCAGCAACUUGAAACACCCCCUCUUGACCAUGAAAGACCACAUUUAGAACUGGAGGAGUUCGAUUCUGAACAACCUGACCAGACACCUGAAGCUCCACCCGUUAACCAAGUUGAUUCCAAUCAGCCCCUUGAGUCACCUGAUGUAGAUCCUGUUGGCCCUUUUAUGCUAGAAGGUGCUAAGUAGAUAUCUUUGCAAAGGAUCAUCUGCAAUUACUGAGACAGUAAGCCGUUUCCUAUAGAACAGGACCACAAUCACGAUGUCAUUAUUCGACAUCCAAAACAUCAGCUUGUACUUGUCACUAAUAAAAAACAGUGACUGGAUAAUUUUAGGCUGUAUCAUGGACAUGGUGGUUCAUUUGAUUAUAGCAGCUAUUUUCAUGCGGAAAUCAUCCUCAUUCUUGAUUGCUUUUUCCUUGAGAUGACUCAUCCCCUAAUUGUAUGUUCAUGGCUCUAUUUUUUGGCCUCAUGGUUUUAACUUGUCA